GCUGCCGGGGGCGGUGGCAGCGGCGGCGGAGUGGGGAGGCGGCGGCCUGGCUCGGCCUGGCCUGGCCUGUCAGGGCGCGGGCGGCGGCGGCGGAGGCUCCGGCACCAUGUCCCUGCAGUACGGGGCCGAGGAGGCGCCGCUGGCUGGCAGUUACGGCGCGGCCGACUCAUUCCCGAAAGACUUCGGCUACGGCGUGGAGGAGGAAGAAGAGGAGGCGGCGGCGGCUGGCGGCGGGGUCGGGGCGGGGGCCGGCGGAGGCUGCGGCCCUGGGGGCGCUGACAGCUCCAAGCCGAGGAUUCUGCUCAUGGGACUCCGGCGCAGCGGCAAGUCGUCCAUCCAGAAGGUGGUGUUUCAUAAGAUGUCACCCAAUGAGACCCUCUUUUUGGAAAGUACCAACAAGAUUUACAAAGACGACAUUUCCAAUAGCUCCUUUGUGAAUUUCCAGAUCUGGGAUUUUCCUGGACAAAUGGACUUUUUUGAUCCAACCUUUGACUAUGAGAUGAUCUUCAGGGGAACAGGAGCUUUGAUAUAUGUCAUUGAUGCACAGGAUGACUACAUGGAAGCUUUGACCAGACUCCACAUUACUGUUUCCAAAGCGUACAAAGUGAACCCAGACAUGAAUUUUGAGGUUUUUAUUCACAAAGUUGAUGGUCUGUCUGAUGAUCACAAGAUAGAAACCCAGCGGGACAUCCACCAGAGGGCCAAUGAUGACCUGGCAGACGCAGGGCUGGAGAAGCUGCACCUCAGCUUUUAUUUGACUAGUAUCUAUGACCAUUCAAUAUUUGAAGCCUUUAGUAAGGUGGUGCAGAAACUCAUCCCACAACUGCCGACCCUGGAAAACCUAUUAAAUAUCUUUAUAUCAAAUUCAGGUAUUGAAAAAGCUUUUCUCUUUGAUGUUGUCAGCAAAAUCUACAUUGCCACCGACAGUUCCCCUGUGGAUAUGCAGUCUUACGAACUGUGCUGUGACAUGAUUGACGUUGUAAUCGACGUGUCGUGUAUAUACGGGUUAAAAGAAGAUGGAAGUGGGAGUGCGUAUGACAAAGAAUCCAUGGCAAUCAUCAAGCUGAAUAACACAACUGUCCUUUAUCUAAAGGAGGUGACGAAGUUUUUGGCACUGGUUUGCAUUCUUAGGGAAGAAAGCUUUGAACGAAAAGGUUUAAUAGACUACAAUUUCCACUGUUUCCGGAAAGCUAUUCACGAGGUGUUCGAGGUGGGCGUGGCUUCCCACCGGGGCUGUGGGCACCUGAGCAGCGCGCCCAGCCUGAAAGCGCUGACGCACAAUGGCACGCCACGCAACGCCAUCUAGUCUGCAGCCGAGGGCCGCUGCCUCUGUGUUCCAGGGUCAGCCACUGCCGCUGUGGGCGGGGGCUGCCGCUGCUGGGAAUCGGGAGCCUGUCUCAUAGAGACCCUGGGUUGAGUUUCUCAUUUGGAUGAAAUCUCUCCAACCCAUGGGGUACAACCGGAGCGCCCGUUUCCUCUUGGACACAUGGCAACCGAGAAUCCCAGAGACCCAGAACUCACGUGUGGCUUGGCCCUCCUUGGGUACUGCUGUAAGCAGUGGGGCAGGUUGGACCUGGAGAUGUUCCCCAUCCUUACCAGGGAUGUUGCCAUCAAUUCCAGUUAAAAAUAAUAGCAACAGACUGAGUUUUUUAUAUGCUUCACGUAGGCUUUCAUUUGAGUAGUCUAAAAAUUCUGCCUUGCUUAAGUUCUAACACUGCCUCUCAGAUUUGAAUUCUGGACAUUGCACAUUUCAGACCUUUGAAAUGGCAUCUGUUUUGCUGACUCAGAAGACAGAGAUUGCAGCCAAGAACAUUGUUGGUGUGUUGCUGCAGACUGGAGAUGGAGCUGCCCGCGGUGGUGGCAGUGGGCGGAGAGCAGGGCUCGGUGGCCGCAGCUGCAGCUGUGCCCUUGGAAGUGCCGGGGGAGGCCUCGGCGGCGGAAGAAAACUUUUGCACCUGUGGCGGGGGUACCAGCUGUCCAGGGUCUUCCCCUCAUUACAUAAAUGAUCAUGCUCAGUGUCACAAAGGAAUUGAAGAUAAAUUUUGUGUUUCCCAGAAUCCUCUUCCAGGGAGGAACUCACGUCUCUGGAAGGUUUAACUCCCUUUUCUUUCAUCUAGAUAUCGGCCGCUACGGACCUUCUAACCAACCUAGAUUCUUUACCAGUUGCUGUUUGUUGACCGCAAGUGACCCCAGGGCACUGAUGAAUUGGCCCUUGGGAGUGGAGCGCACUUGUGGCAGCCACAGGGUGUGCUGUCUGCAGUCCUCUCCCCGCUGUCCGGCAUCACCUGCUCCCUGUGCCUAGGCUGUUGAUUCAUUAGUCGUGUCUUAUGUUGGUGGUUGAUACCCUUCCUGUCGGUUUCAGCUCACACAUUGUUUUGAUUCCACAUGCCCAGUAGUCCUCUAUUCCAAAGCCACUGGACCACUUGAGUACAGAAGUGCCACUGUUGAAUGCAAUGCAUCUAUUCAGGUCUAUAGCCCUAACAGUGUGACUUGGAGAGCUUCCCGCAGACGACUCUGACUGUUGAGUAUUUACAUGGACCACGGUGAUAUCCAAAAGAAAAGUGCUUUUAUAUUUAUAGAUGAUUUCAUUGAACUAUAUAUGAAAUGGGUAUCAAUAAAUGUAUUUACUCC